AUGCUUGCCGUUUCGAAAGUUGCUGCUGCCUCUCCCGUGUCCAGCUUUUACAUUGGUCCCCUGGAACGCUGUUCUGUUCGUCGAUUACUGUCCACAAGUGCGACGAGGUUCAAUGCGAAAUGCGGGCCGACAGGUAUCGUGUUCAUGAACAUGGGUGGGCCAUCGAGUGUCGAGGAGACGCACGAUUUCCUGUACCAGUUGUUCGCGGACAACGACUUGAUCCCCAUCUCGAAGAACUACCAACCAGCAAUCGCCAAGUGGAUAGCCAAGUUCCGUACCCCGAAGAUCGAGAAACAGUACAGGGAGAUUGGCGGUGGGUCCCCCAUCAGACGUUGGUCCGAGUACCAGGCAAAGAAAGUGUGUGAGAUCCUAGAGGAGACUCACCCACAGGGGGCACCGUACAAACCGUACGUGGCAUUCAGGUACGCAAGACCUCUCACGGAUGAGACGUACAAAGAGAUGCUAAAAGAUGGUGUCAAGAGAGCAGUGGCAUUCACUCAGUACCCGCAUUUCUCCUACUCGACCACUGGGUCCUCCAUUAAUGAGCUUUGGAGACAGAUCAAGCAGUUGGACCCGCAGAGGACAAUCCAGUGGUCGACCAUCGAUAGGUGGCCCGCCAAUAGAGGCCUCAUUGAUGCCUUCGCUGAAAACAUAGAGGCGAAGCUGUUGGAGUUCCCAGAAAGUGUAAGGGAUAAAGUUGUUCUGCUGUUUUCAGCACACUCACUACCAAUGGACGUCGUUAACACGGGUGACGCGUACCCUGCUGAAGUUGCCGCAACAGUGUACCAUGUCAUGUCGAAGUUGAACUUUAAGAACCAGUACAGAUUGACCUGGCAAUCCCAAGUGGGACCCAAACCAUGGUUGGGCCCCCAGACAGCUAAGAUUGCUGAGCAACUGGCACCCACUGCAGACGGGUUGCUAUUUAUCCCGAUCGCAUUCACCUCGGACCACAUCGAAACUUUACACGAAGUUGAUCUCGGGAUUAUAGAUGAGUCCCCACAUUCAGCGAAACUGAAAAGAUGCGAGUCUCUAAACGGCAACGAAACUUUCAUCAGGGGGAUGGCCGAGGAAGUGAAGGAACACUUGGAGUCCGCAGAACGCUAUUCAAAGCAACUACCGCUAGAUUUCAAGCUGGGGAAAUCCAACGACCCUGUGCAGGAUCUCGAUGAGAUGUUCCAGCCAACAAAGGCAUGA